AUGGGGAAAAAGGCGUUCGCUACUAAGAUUAAACCACCUUCGUCUCGCCGUGAAGAAAACCCUGGAACGCAACCAUCGCCGAACCCUCAACCUUCAGCACCAACUCAGCAAGCCCCACCGAUGAUAUCUCUAGACGCAAUGGCGGAGUUUCUCCGUUUACAAGACCCCACUAGGAACUGGGCGGCGGAGUUGGCAAAUUUCAGCCAAAUCAGAGGGCAGGGGAAUAUAACCGCACCCAGUGAAAUUCCACCUGCACCGGUCAGUCACGCAGAGGAACAAUCAGAGGAGGGAUCUUCAUCGGCGACCGCACCGUCGGAGACCUCGGUGCCAUAUUCGGCGGAGCUCGACGCUGUCGCCGCCUAUUACGACUCCGACCCUGAGGAGCGUAAGAAAAGGACCAGCCAAGAAGAGACAACCCAUGAAGGGAGUGGCGAAACGGAGAGAACACCUACUAUGGAGACCGUCCGUCAAGAAAGGGUUAGGAAAGAAAUAGAUCUGAACGAAUCGGCACAGAAGCGCAGCCUUAUGACCGAUACGGAGUUUGAGUCAAUCGUGGAAGAGGUAAACCGCAGAGAAGAUACUGCUUUGAUGGCUGAGGGUCUAGACCUCGCAUCAAGGUCAGUAGGAGGGGUUGAGAAAGCCGUUACAGGAACCACACCGGAAGGUCAUACUUCCCAGUCAGUAGAAGGGAAGGAGGAAGUACACGAAGAAGAGAAAGAGCCGGAGCCAGUAGAUCCCUGA